AUGCUUGACGAGUCUACUGCUCAUAUUCUUGGCGGUGGAAUCGGCGGAACAAUAGGAGCGGUUUGCACAUCUCCCUUGGAACUUAUCAAAGUGCGGUUUCAGUCGUCUCAAGGCAGUGCAUUUACCGGCUCCUCAGUGACCCUUACUCCCCCUCAUCCUUUUCCACCCUCUUCGGUAGCAUCUUUUGCACAAAUUGCAUCUACCCAGCCAUCUCCAACCCCCAUUUUGAUGCGCGUAAAGUGCAAAGUCACUCAACUUUCUCAAGUGUCCAGAGUUUGGGCCAAAAGCAUAUAUUCCACCCCGAACCUGCAUAUAGGAUUGCUUCUAAGGUCGAAAAUUAUCCGCUGCAUGCUGGAAGUUGGACAGACUGAGGGAUAUCGCGCUCUCUUUAAAGGACUUGUCCCCACUCUUAUUGGUGUUUUACCCUCCAGGGGUAUAUACUUCUGUGCGUAUCACGAAGGUCAAAAUUUCUUUCAACGUUUUUUUCCCAAUGGUCACUCUGCUGUUUUCAUGUUAGCCGCUGGUUGUGGAAGCAUAACAGCGUCCACGCUUACAAAUCCCAUCUGGUAUGUAAAAACACGACUCCAGCUUGACUCCAGACCCCAUUCCCCGCUCCUAACGGCGGUAAGUGUGAUUCGCUCCACCUGGCGGGAGUACGGGAUACGCGGAUUCUACCGCGGCAUCAGUGCCUCCUACGUAGGCUCCAUCGAGACGGCGCUAAACUUCGUGCUGUACGAGAACAUCAAGGGGGCGCUGCUUUCCUGGGUUCGACGCACUCGACUUACAGAGACAGUACGGAGCGACUACGAUGACAAUCCGGUUGAGGAGGUUGGCCAAGCUGACAGACUGCAGUUUCGUGGCACCCAAGGUGGCACUAAACUCAAUGCGAAUAGCGAUAUGCUGCUUUGCAUGGGUGCCAGCGCCUUUUCCAAAGUUAUUGCUAUCACUGCAGCUUAUCCACAUGAGGUGGCGCGGACACGGAUGCGAGAGCGAGGCAAUAAGUACCGCACUUUCGUGGGGACUUUGCUCACCGUGUUGCGGGAAGAGGGGUGGCGUGGUCUGUACCGAGGCCUGGGCACGCAUUACAUCCGUCAGGUGCCUAACUCCUGCAUCAUGAUCGGGACUUAUGAGUGGGUGGUCUACCUCCUCUACUCCUGCAAUCUCGUUUCGUCUAAGACUAGUGGCGAUGGCAUUAUUUGCGACCGCUUCAAACACUUAGCGCGAGUGGUCUUAAAAAUCUUGAUUUUCAUCCCAACUCUGGGUAGUGAGGCCUCCAUGAGCGGAUACUGCCGCGUGGACACCCGCUUGACGAAAUAUGCGGACAAGGACGCGUAA